AUAAGAAAUGUUGGCCUUACACUAGAUAACAGUGACUAUCUUGUGGAAUCCUGACUCCAUGUCGGUCAGUGUCAAUGACCUUUUUUCUGAUGAAACCUCUGUUAUAAGGUCAUUGACCUGAAACUUUAACUGUGUCUCCACAGAUGCUCCCUGAGGUCCUCAAGUUUUUCCAGCUCUUUUUUGUUUUAUCUUAGAUUUCUCGUAUCCACUGUGUUUUGCUUCUGUUCAGAGUUGAACUUUUAAACUGGAUGCUUUUGCUGUGGAUAAUGGAAGUUUUCUGAAGCUAAGAGCAGAUGACAAGGUGGCCCUACCAACAGCGAGGGCCAACCUGACCCGGGCCAUCACAGAGGCAAAGUGAGCACACGCACAGAGAAUACACGGCCACUUUCAGGACAGGGGCAAUAUGUGGAGCGUGUGGAAGGGCAUCCAUGACAUCACCAACCACAGAACAGCAUCGCCUGCUUGUGCUGGUGAUGCCUCUCUCCCAGAUGAGCUGAACAACUUUUUAUGCAUGGUUUGAGGCAAGAAAUAACGUGGCAGCAAGGAGGUCCACUCCCCCUCCCGACGACCAAGUGAGGAAAACCUGAUGCAGAGUCAACCCAUGUAAGGGGUCUCUGCUGGGCCAGGUGACAUCCUGAGCAGAGUGGUCAGGGGAUGCUCUGAUGUACUGCUGUAUGUUCUCACUUUCAUCUCCAACAUCUUCCUGAGCUGUGCCAUAGUCCCAAUGUGCUUUAAGUCAGCUACUAUUACCUCCAUGCUGAAGAAGUCUUUAAUGUCCUGUCUCAACGACUACUGCCCUGUUGCGCUAACACGCAUCAUCACAAAGUGUUUUGAGAGACGCAUGAUGAGUCAUAUUAAGACCCUGCUGCCCUCCUCGCUGGACACCCUGCAGUUCAUGUGUCGACCCAACUACUCAACUGAUAAUGCCAUUUUCGCCACCCUCCAUCUGGCCCUCACCCACCCGGAGAAAAAGGACACCUACAUCAGAUUACCAUCCACAGGCUUCAGUUCUGCACUUAACACUGUCAUUCCUCUGCACCUGUUUGGAAAGCUGGGUCUGCUGGGCCUAAAUAUCUCCCCUUGCAACUGGAUCCUGGAGUUCCUGACUAGGAGAACUCAAUUUAUCCGGAUUGGGAACAACAUCUCCAACACCCCAGGGCUGUGUGCUCAGUUCACUGCUGUUCAUUCUGCUGACACACAACUGUGCAACGAUGCUGAUGCUUUAGCUGUAGUGGGUCUCAUCAGCAUACAGAGAGGAGGUGCAGCGGCUAACGGACUGGUGCAGAGCCAGCAACCUGAUUCUGAUUGUGGUCAAGACAAAAGAGAUGGUUGUUGACUUCAGGAGGGCACAGAGCAACCACUCUCUGCUGGACAUCGGCUCCACCAUGGAGAUUGUGAAGAGCACCAAAUUUCUUGGUGUUCACCUGGACCCUCAACACCAGCUCCGUUGCAAGAAAGCCCAGCAGCGUGUUGAAUUUUCUGCGCAAGCUGAGGAAAGCCCAACUUUCACUCCCCAUCCUCACCACAUUCUACAUGGGGUUCAUUGAGGAUACCCUGAGCUGCUGUAUCACUGCUUGGUUUGGGAACUGCACCGUCUUGGACCGUAAGACCCUACAACGGAUAUUGAGAACAGCUCGUAAGAACAUUGGGGCCUCUCCUUCCUCCAUUACAGAUAUUUACACCACACACUGCAUCUGAAAGGCGAAUCGCAUUGUGGAAGACCCCACACACCCCUCA